AUGGAUCAGACAUAUAAUGGAUUCAGUGAUAGCUAUGUCAACUAUGUUAGAAUGCGCAGUGGUGCUUUUAUGAAGCUUGCAAAAUAUUGGGAAUGCACCAUGCAGCCCGGGCCCGAUAGUGAUGAGGUCCUCUAUGAUCAAUCUCGGCACCGUUCUCAGAAAAUAUCAUUUUCGGAGAGAGGACCGGAGUUAGUCAUGUUUAAUCAUAGCCUAGGUCAUUCUCGAUGGACACUUGAUGAUGAGCGUAUGAUCGCCAUAGUAGCACAAGCUGGCAUAGAUAACCGUGCAUGGCGAAAAGUAUGUGAUGAUUUGUUAGGAGCAACUCCACCCUCGUUGACCGGAGGGUAUAUGAGACUGAAGUGGUUGAAGGAGAAUUUCUCGCACCUGCUGUUAGCUGAUGCAACACAAGAGGUGAUUGAGCGCCAUACACAUGCUUAUAUUUUGCACAUGACUGGGACAAUUCUUUUUCCUGAUUCCAGUAAAGAUAAAAUACAUUUGAGGUGGUUAUCAAUCAUUGAGGACUUAGACAUUUGCGGCACACUAUCAUGGGGUAGUGCUGUUUUAGCAUACCUGUAUUGA